GCGAGACGGCCAGUGACGCAAUAACUGCGCGCUCACAGAUUCAGAGGGUCGCCGCCGCGUCUGCGCAUGGUGAGCUGGUUGUCGCUGCAGCCGCCUGGAAUUGUGGGGGUUGUGUCUAACCUCUCGGCUGCCGGGCAGGAAGCCGAAGGUAAAAUUUACAGGUUCUUCUGGGCCUUAGGACCUGAUCUCUUUGAAGGUCUGCCUGCCAUACUGGGUGACCUUGGGCCUGCCCCCUUCCAGGAUGGCUCUUCUGGGAAUGCUGCUUGGGCUGCUGAUGGCUUCCUGUUUCACCUUCUGCCUCAGUCAUCAGAACCCGGGCAGGCUGUCCCUGCAGGAUCCCAUGUGCGGCUGAAUCUCCAGACUGGGGCAAGAGAAGUGAAACUUCAAGAAGAGGACAAGUUCCGAAGUAAUUUGAAAGGGUUGAAAAAAGGCAGAAGGCUGGACAUCAACACUAACACCUACACAUCUCAGGACCUCAAGAGUGCUCUGGCAAAAUUCAAGGAGGGGGCAGAAGUGGAGAGUUCAAAGGAAGACAAGGCAAGGCAGGCCAAAGUUAAACGACUCUUUCGCCCCAUCGAGGAGCUGAAGAAGGACUUUGAGGAGCUGAAUGUUAUCAUUGAGACUGACAUGCAGAUCAUGGUACGGCUAAUCAACAAGUUCAAUAGUUCCAGCUCCAGCUUAGAAGAGAAGAUUGCUGCACUCUUUGAUCUUGAAUAUUAUGUCCAUCAGAUGGAUAAUGCGCAGGACCUGCUUUCCUUUGGUGGCCUUCAAGUGGUGAUCAAUGGGCUGAACAGCACAGAGCCCCUGGUGAAGGAGUAUGCUGCAUUUGUGCUAGGAGCUGCCUUUUCCAGCAACCCAAAGGUUCAAGUAGAGGCCAUUGAGGGGGGAGCCCUACAGAAGCUGCUGGUCAUCCUGGCUACGGAACAGCCUCUCCCUGCAAAGAAGAAGGUCCUGUUUGCGCUGUGCUCCCUACUGCGACACUUCCCCUAUGCCCAGCAGCAGUUCCUGAAACUGGGGGGCCUGCAGGUGCUGCGGAGCCUGGUGCAGGCAAAGGGUACAGAGAUGCUGGCUGUGCGUGUGGUCACUCUGCUUUAUGACCUGGUCACUGAAAAGGCCCUUGGCAUAAAGGCCACACACAGCCGGGACUCAGCCAGACCCUCACGCCCCCUGGGCCAGAACAGCCUCACAUUCUACACACAGGAAGGGGGCCUCAGCCUACUGUUGUGACCCGCCCGUGUGUGGACCCUCCACCCUUGUCCACUUGGACAACUCCCACAUAGCCCUCCAAACUCAGGGAAGUGCCAUCCUGUUCUCUUGGCUGUGCCCUCUGUCCUCUGAGUGAGUGAAUCGUGUGGAGGUGAGGCUGCCACUGCCACGGACGGAGGUGUAGAUGGUGUGACUCAACUUGAGAGCUGAGCACCCAUUGCUAGGUGUGCUGUGUGCUGGGCACUGGCCGUGUGUGGUCCUGAAGGGGGCACAUCAUCACAUAAGAGAUGAUGCCGGGCCCGUCCAAGGCUGUUCGGCUGUCAGUGGCGGAGCAAGAAUUCAAACCCAGACUGCUGGCAUCCACCGGGCACUGCUGAAUUGCAGUCAUUGUGCUCCUCAGGGAUUACUCCGUUAAUUUCUCUUCUCCUGCUAGACCCUGAGCUCCUCAAGGGCAGGGACCAUGUCUCCGUCUAGGUUUCUCCGGCAUACUGCACAGUUGUUUUUGAUGAAUGGAUGGAGGGACAGACAGAUGGACCUAUGGGUGGAUGGGUGGGGGAACCUGAUUGAAGCUGUGAAUCCAGCUGGCCCUCUCCCAUGUUGGGCCUUUGAGGCCCAGAAGGAAGAGCGGGUGGACGGAUGAUGAGCCACAUGCUUUCCCAUGACUGCUCUCUGUGUGUUCUCUCCCCCAACCC